CACAAAUAAGAAACACAGCGCAGUCACUCCCGACUUGAAGUGAUCGAACAAGUUGAAUAAUUUAUCACCGGUUCGAUUUUCUGUGCAAACCCUGCAAAGGAAGGUCAAUCGAAAUUACUCUCAUUAGUCUCUGCACUCUCGAAACGUACAGUUUAGUACCAUGGCACCCACUCUAUACAUGAUCCCCCCAAGCCCCCCAGUCAGGUCGGUCCUAAUGACCGCCAAAGCCCUCGGACUAACACUGAACGAGAAAAUCAUCAACUUCCCAGCCGGAGAGCACCUACAACCCGAAUACUUAAAACUUAACCCCCAACAUACCGUCCCGACCCUCGUGGACGACGACGGCUUCGCCGUCUGGGACAGCAACGCCAUCAACCCUUACCUAAUCGGGAAAUACGCCAAAGACGACUCUUUGUACCCCCAAGAUUUGCAAAAACGCGCCAUCGUCGACCAACGACUCCACUUCAACGGAAGCGUCGCUUUUGGCGCAGUCGCUGGAAUCGUGCGCUGCAUUCUUUACGAAGGAAAGACUUGUCUGGACGACAACGACAAGACCAGAGUGGAGCAAGUGUACGCUUUUUUGGAAGCUUUUCUGGAUGAUGGGAAACCAUGGAUGGCCGGGGAUUGCUUGACCGUUGCGGACUACAACCUCUACGCUACGGUGUCUGCUGGGGACGUCUUAGUACCCAUCGAUGGACAGAAGUACCCGAAAGUGGCUACGUGGUUCGACAAAGUCGGGAAUUUACCGGAAGCCGAAGCCACUAAAAAGGGGCUAGCGAUUUUUGAAAGUUUGAUCAGCAGUAAGCUGCAAUAAUUUUGCGGUUGACUUUCAUUUUUUUAAUGCAUUUUGACACAGCAAUAUUUUUGUGUUUAUCUUUUAUCACGUCGUGUCAAUAGAAACUUCUCGUCUAAAAUAAUCAAUGAAUCACCACGUCCUAUGUUUGAAGAGGCCAAUGAUGGGACUAAAUUGUAAAGAAAAAAAACAACACUUAGUCAGAAUUGUUUGAUUGUUA